CACAAAGAAGAAGAAGCAGAAGAAGAAUCUCCCUCCGUGUCCGUUAAGAUGGUUCGGUCCAAUAUGGCGGCCUCCGUGCUGAAGCGGUGUGUCUCUGCAGCCGUCAAAGUUAAAGGUUUAUGUCCUUCUUUUACAGCCAGACGAUGGUUGCUCUCAGCGGCUUACACAGACUCCAGGCCGUGGGAGGAAAGAGAGAAGGACCCCCAGAACCUGGCUUUGCUGGCCAAUCUGAUGGACAGAACGUAUGACAGAAACCUCCCGGUCAGCUCUCUGACCAUCUCACGCUUUGUUGACAACAUAUCGGCUAGAGAGGAAGUUGAUCAAGCGGAGUACUACCUGUACAAGUUUCGCCACAGUCCCAACUGUUGGUAUUUGCGAGACUGGACCAUUCACUCCUGGAUCAGACAGUGUCUGAAAUACGGUGCCAGAGAUAAGGCCUUAUACACUCUGAAAAACAAGAUCCAGUAUGGAAUAUUUCCAGAUGACUUUACCUUCAACCUCCUGUUGGAUUCAUACAUUAAGGAUGAAGACUUUAAAAGUGCGUGCUCGGUGGUGGAAGAGGUGAUGCUCCAGGAGGCCUUCGACCUUCCCUCCACACAGAUCCUGUCUCUGAACGCUCUGGGCUGUUUCCUUGCAACCAAUCCCCAGCUCUCUGUGUCAGAGGAGCGAGCAAUUGGGGCGUCACUCCUCAUUUGCGGGCUGAAGCAAGACAACACCGUCGGCCUCAGUGCACAGCUGCUCGGCAAUGCUCUCCUCGGCAAGGUGGAGAUUGUAAAGGGCAUACACGCCGUAUUCAAGGGCAUGCCUCUGUCGUGGGUUCGCGGGUAUGUGGGACGAGCGCUGGCUGUGAUGGAGAGGGUUUCUGCAGCGUCUGGUGACGUCAAGCUGUCUAAAGACACGCUGGACCAGGUGAGCCACCUGCUGCAGGAGCUGUCCUCCACCUCUGAUUCAGACAGCUCUGGAGAGGAGUCGGACGUACAGGACAAUAAAGAGGAAGGUGUAGAUGAAGACGACGAGGCUGAGAAGGCCAACCUUCCUCGCUAUGUCAGCAGAUUCAGGGAGCUGAGCAGUCAGCUGGAGUCUCAGGGCAAAGUGGACGCCGCCUCUUUCCAAGCUUUAGUGACCGCGCUGGCCCAGCAGAACCUGGCCUCUGCAGAGAAACCGGACCUGGAGCAGUACCAGAGCCGGCUGAAGGCCUGGGAGGCCGAGAAGAGGCAGCUGAUCCAGAGGGAGAAGGAUCUGAGAGCGAAAGCCGAGCAGGAGAGACGAGAGCGAUUAGCCACCAGGGCUGCAGCUCAGCAAGCUUAGAGACUCUGCAGAGUUGAGUUAAAAUAGUCUCCUCGCUGUGGGCUUUAAUGUCAUGCAUACAAUAUUAACACCUAUAUGUUACUAAAUACUCUUGUGUAUAUAUGUGAGCUGUUUAAAUAAAUUUGAUUUUAACUUUU